AUAGCAACCAAACAACUCCUUGAGAGGGAGAGAGGAGAUGUUUAAGAACACGUUCCAGUCUGGAUUUCUCUCUGUCCUCUACAGCAUUGGGAGCAAACCUCUCCAGAUCUGGGACAAGAAAGUACGUAAUGGACACAUUAAGAGGAUCACAGACAACGACAUACAGUCACUAGUCUUAGAGAUAUGUGGGACUAAUGUUAGUACUACUUACAUAACUUGUCCGGCAGACCCACAGAAAACCCUCGGUAUCAAGCUACCAUUCCUUGUUAUGAUCAUUAAAAACAUGAAAAAAUACUUUUCAUUUGAGGUCCAGGUUCUUGAUGAUAAGAAUGUCCGUAGACGUUUCAGAGCCUCAAACUAUCAAUCAACGACAAGAGUGAAGCCAUUUAUAUGCACAAUGCCGAUGAGACUAGACGAUGGUUGGAACCAGAUCCAAUUCAACUUAGCAGAUUUCACACGUAGAGCUUACGGGACCAAUUACAUUGAGACGCUUAAGAUUGCCAUUCAUGCUAACUGCCGUAUCAGGCGUGUCUAUUUCUCCGACCGUCUUUAUUCAGAAGAUGAGCUUCCAUCCGAGUUUAAGUUGUACCUACCAGUUCAGAAAUCUACACCUAAAGCACAGCAAGGCCAAACUCAACAGCAGCAGCAGCAGCAACCGCCAGGUGGAGCAGGAGCAGUGGCUCCUAUUACCGCAGCCCCACAAUAAGAGGUGUCUUGACACAUUCUCUCUCUUCACUUUCUUCUGAUAUGUAAAAAAUAAUUGACAUCAACUUAAAAUAGAUACAAACGUAGAAAGAAUAACUAUUUAAUGCACCGUAAGAUCAUAAUUAACUUUAAAUUAAUAAAAAAUUAAAACCUGUAAAAGUAGUUUUGUCAAUCUAACAUUCUUUCAAAUGAUCUUUUAAGUACAA